AUGAUGCAUAGCAGGUGGGGGAACGUGGCGCUCCUUUCUUGCUGGUCGGGCCGGGCUGCUCCCAAACUCCCAGACUCUGUGGAGGGGCUCCGCGAUGCUGGCAACCAGAGCUUCCGCAGCCGCCAGUACCUCGAAGCAUCAGCGCUGUAUGGCUGCUCCAACAGAGCAGCCUGUCACGUAAAGGAUGGAAACUGCACAGAUUGCACCAAAGACUGCACCUCAGCACUGGCCUUGGUUCCCUUUAGCAUGAAGCUUCUGCUGCGGCGAGCGUCUGCUUUUGAGGCUCCGGAGAUACCUCUGGCCUAUGUUGACUAUAGGAUUGUGCUGCAAAUUGACAAUAGUGUCACGUUGGCCCUGGAAAGUGUCAACAGAAUGACUAGACCUCUCAUGGACUCACAUGGGCCUGAAUGGCGACUGAAGCUAUCUGCUAUCCCUGUAGUGUCUGUCUCAGCCCAGAAGAGGUGAAAUUCCUUGCCUUCAGAGAACCACAAAGAGACACCUAAAAACAAAUCCAAAGAAACUACAGCUACGAAGAACAGAGUGCCUUCUUCUGGGGAUGUGGAGACAGCCAGAGUUCUGAAGGAAGAAGGCAAUGAGCUUGUAAAGCAGGGCAACCAUAAGAAAGCUAUUGAGAAGUACAGUGAAAGCCUCUUGUUUAGUAACCUGAAAUCUGCCACGUACAGCAACAGAGCGCUCUGCCAUCUAGUCCUGAAGCAGUACAAGGAGGCAGUGAAGGACCGUACAGCAGCCCUCGAGCUGGAUGAAAAAAAUGUGAAGGCAUUUUACAGACGUGCUCAAGCCUAUAAGGCACUGAAGGACUACAAAUCCAGCCUUGCAGACAUCAGCAGCCUCCUACAGAUAGAGCCCAGGAACGGCCCUGCACGUAAAUUGCUGCAGGAAGUUAUCCAGAACCUGAAAUGAAAAUCCAAAAAGGCAGCAGGAGCUUUCUACCUGACCUUUGCAGGGAAGCCAGGGCCUUCCCUCUGCAUCCACCCCUGAAACCCAGCAUGCCCCGGAGGGAGCGCUGAAGCACCCCCUACCCCAGCCCCUAAGAGGCAGCAGCGUUUCACCCCUUGUGGGGCUUUUCUUUAAGCCCAUUGUAGUCAAGCACAAACAUUGUUUUGCCACAAAACUCCCCAUUCCAGGUAAAGUGUGAGGCUGGAGCAGUGUUCCCAUUCCUACUCCAGACAGCUAGAGAGGGUCACACACAGGUCCUCAUUAGCAAAGCACUUGGCUUUAUUCCUGCCCCAACUGUGUACAGACUGAGUGCUGCCUUGUAGUGUUAGCAGACCCUCCUUCUUUGCAAUUAAUCUGAACAGGCUAAACCCCUGGGCAGAGGUGGGUGAUACACUGCCCAGCGACACGCAGAGCAGCCUGUUGAGCUGCAUCUCCAGGGCUGCCAUCUCCCCAAGGGUGCAGCUGCUGUCCCCAUCUUGUCCUUGGCACAGUCUGCUGUAUCUGAGCCCCGGUGCCUUUAGUCUUGGCCCCCUUUGGUGGGAAGGCUGAACUCUGCCCUUGGAGGCUCUGUCUUUGACUCUGCUGCUGUCCUCUGUGUGGAGCUACCCAAAGUAUUGCAAGAGCCCGGUGGUUAUGGCUGCUCCUCGUGGGAUGGGGUGAGUCCUUGAGGUCAGUGUCCUUUCACUCUAGGCAGAAUCUGCCUUUUUCUCCCAGCAGUGACCCCUCCAAGCUUCUUAGUUCUUUGUAAUAUAUUCAUUUGAAGUGACUGAUUUUGUUAAGCUAUCUAUUUAAACUAUUGCAUUAAAGUUUCUUUUAGCCCCGCCCCCCACCAAUGUACAAAGAGCAAAUUUUAUCCAUAAAUAACUUUUCUUAACAUUUUGGUAUAUUUUAUUUUUUUCAUUUUUCUAUCUGCAUGUGU